CCCCCCCCCCAGGGGAAGCUUGUGUGAGCUCGCAGGCCCAGGGGCUCGGUAACGGGAGCUGCUGCUGCUCUUGGGGGGACCCUGUUUCCUGACUGAGAGAGGUGCUGCUCUGCUGUGUAAGGGAAGAUGGAUCCCCAUAGUGUCCUGUGCCUGCUGCUAGUCCUGUGCACUGGAGAGGUCCUCUGCAAGCCCACCUUCCGAAAGGAGAGGAUCCGACUGGACCCAGAACUUAACAACCAGAUUCCCGAGGAGAAUCAGAGCUUCCAACAGGACCAUGAGGCUUUCCUGGGAAAAGACGAUGCCAAGACCUUUGAUCAGCUGACCCCCGAGGAAAGCAAAGAUAGACUGGGAAAAAUCAUCAAUAGAAUUGAUAGCGACAGUGAUGGACUCAUUACCACAGAGGAGCUAACAGCUUGGAUCAAGCGAGUACAAAAGAGAUACGUGUACGAGAAUGUAGCGAGGGUGUGGAAAGACUACGAUGUUAAUAAAGACAAUACAAUCUCCUGGGAAGAAUACAAGCAAGCCACGUAUGGGUAUUACCUGGCAAACCCUGAAGAGUUCCAAGAUGCGGCCGAACAGUUCAGCUUCAAGAAGAUGCUGCCCAGAGACGAAAGGAGGUUCAAACAGGCAGAUCUCAAUGGGGAUUUAGAAGCAAACCGGGAAGAGUUCACUUCAUUUCUCCACCCAGAGGAGUUUGAACACAUGAAGGACAUUGUGAUAUUGGAAACACUGGAAGAUAUAGACAAGAAUGGGGAUGGAUUUGUGGACCAAGAUGAAUAUAUUGCGGACAUGUUUUCCCACGAAGAAGGUCAGCCUGAGCCUAAUUGGGUAGCCACAGAACGGGAGCAAUUUGCAGAUUUCCGUGACAUCAACAAAGAUGGGAAAAUGGACAAAGAGGAGAUCAGGCACUGGAUUCUUCCUCAGGACUAUGACCACGCACAGGCCGAAGCCAGACAUCUAAUCUAUGAAUCAGACCUAGAUAAGGACAAAGUGCUGACUAAGGAGGAAGUAUUGCAGAACUGGAACAUGUUUGUUGGAAGUCAAGCAACCAACUAUGGAGAAGAUCUCACAAGAAACCACGAUGAAUUGUGAGCAAGGAGCCUGUACAGACUGGGAAUUCUUUUCUACGACUCUUAACACAGUUCCUUGCAUUUGCACCAACACUCUUAUUACCUCAAGUUGGGUAACGAUACCCUUUUUUUAAGCGUUUGUAAGCGUUCUACCAGAGAUACUAAUGGGCAUACUAGAACUAAUCCUGCUGUGUAGAAUAUUAUUUGAAGAAUGUAAAGUGCAGGGAAAAAAAAUCAGCUCCAGAGAGUUCCAGGGACAACUUACACCAGAAUACAAAUUGCUGCUCUGUGCAAGAAUAUAUUGUAUAAUAUAAAGGUUAAAUUGGCCUUUAACUGCUGGCUGCUGGGCACUUAGUGGCAGUCUAUACACACAAGCAAAGCAGGGAGCUAGAAAUGGCAAAAGGAUAAUCUUAUUUUUCUAAAAUAGUAUAUAAGGUAUAAUAUACUUAAAAGGAAUAUAUAGUGGGUUUAUAAGUUGCUUCUGUGCCUUUAUCAUUCUUCUUUUCAUGUCUUGAUUCAACAGGACUGUUUGGGAUGGGGCAAAGCAGUUUUAUAAGGGGAAAAGAUACUCCAUAUGACUUGGGGUCUAUAAUUACUAAUACAGUUGCCAUAACAAUAUAGAAUAUUGUGUAGAAUGUCCCUUUUCUGUAUAUUUGUAUUUACCCUUAUGGGUAAGACUUUCCUUAGGUGUGCGUUUAUGGAAGGUCCAAGUCAGAGCUAACUGAUUGGUUCAUUGGUUGGCCAACUUUGCAUAGAUCACAUUUUCACAAUCCCGAUGUCGGAUCGAUCGGAAGCCUCAGAUCUACCAAGAUAGCUUUGAAAUUCAUUAUUUUGUUUGUUUGUUUCUCGCUUUUUAAUCCAUGAGAUAUCACCUGACACCUGAUAUAUAUUGUAUAUAGGCACCAAAGUACCCAUGCAUAGGGCAGAAGCUUUAAUGGGGGGGGGGGUCGUUCACUUUCUAGUACCUAAAAAUAUGGGUUCUGGCAAAUGCCAGAGGGGCUGCUGUAAGAUGCCAUAGACAGUCACUAUUUUUUGGGCUGGGGGGGGGGGGGCUGUUUGGGCCUCUGUGUACUUGAAAUGCCAGGGCUUAUUUUGUGUCCUAGUUCAGGGCCACUCUGAGUUAAAGUGGUGCUUCAUGUUCAGGUUAACUGUUAUUAUGUUCUAGAAUGGCCUGUUCUUGGCAGCUUUUCAAUUGGUCUUCUUUUUUUUAUAGUUUUUGAAUCAUUUGCCUUCAUCUUCUGUCUCUUUCCAGCUUUCAAAUGGGGGGUCAGUGACCUCGGCAGCCAUAAACUAUUCCUAUGCAAGGCUACAGUUUUAUUGUUCUUAUUUUAAUUCUUAUCUUUUUAUUUAGGCCUCUCCUAUUCCUGUCUCUCUUUCAAACCACGGCUUGGUUGCUAGGUUUAAAUUGGACCCAAUUUUAGUUGCUAAAAUUCCAAACUGGAGAGCUUCAGAAUAGAAAGCUCUUUCAUUUAAAAACGGCAAAUAAUAAAAAAUGAAGACCAAUUGCAAACACUCUCUUUUUUGUAUUAAAAGUUAGUUGAAAGGUGAUCAACCCCUUUAAUACUACAAUGCAAAGCUGUGUUUGGGCCUCUGCGUACUUGAAAUGCCAGGGCCUAUUUUGAGUCUCACUCCGGACCUGACUGCCCUCUAAAGUCGUGUAAAUAAAGCCCUAAUUGGGGUAAUAGUCCUUGAGGGUCCAUGGAGAAUGUCUUAUCAAAGGCAAGCCAAAUGUGAACAGUUCCCUAAUAGAAUCCUAUAGGAAAUCAAUGGAAGAUAAAAGAGAACUUAUAAAUAAGGUAUAUAUUUCCUUUAGCUUCAAACUGUGUAUGUGCAGAAAACUGUGAAUAAUAAGCCAGUAUUAGUGCAAUAUGUAUUUUGGUGCCGGUGUUUCUUGGAGCUACAGGCUGCACACUGGCCUCCCCCAUAUAUCCCAGUGCCACCUCGUUAUCUGAGUCCAACGUUCAUUUGUCCUUUAUUUUUUUGUAAGUGGUCUUUUAUGGGAUGCUAGUACAGUGCCAAGAUGCAGGAUUUGGGGUUCCCGGUGGGAAAGUGAUGCGCCCCGGGGGGCUGUAAUGAACGAUGCAUCUGUAACAGUCACGUCUUCCUGUGUUCAUUGUUCAUUUUAACCUUUUGCCAUGUACAUAAAAUGAUCUUUCUAAGGCA